GUGACAGUCGAUGGGAAACGAGUGUGCCCAGUCCUGUAAUUCGAUUUGGGAAUUGCUCGAGGAGUUUGGAGGUCGAACCGUCUAAAGAUAGCGGUUCGAAGGUCCCGCCGUGGAAUUUGGCUGCCAUUUUGGGAAGUUGGACGAGGGAAGAAUUAGAAAAUAGAUCGACGGGCUCGUUUUAUCGUUUGGCUGUAAAACUUUCGAAACUUUGCCUCGCGAAUUUGGAAGCAACUCGGGGCCCGGGGUGCUAGUCGGGAUGAAGGAGAUGGCGCGCGGAGCGUGGAAGAAAAUGGCGCGUACGUGAGGACCGUUGGCUAGGAUCCUUCAAAGGGAUAUUGUAAUCGGUGUUGGCCACUUUUCGAGAAGUGUAUCGAAGUCCAAAGCGAGCAAGAAGCCUGUAGCAGCGUCGUUCAGCGUCGUCUGAACGCGCGCCGCUGAAGUGCGCUUUGAUGCGUUGCUUCAAGAGCACGGAAUAAAAAGGAAGUUAUCGAAUCGUUCGAAGGGUCUCGUUACGAACGAAUAAUGCUACCUUUCAUGCGCUGCUUUCGUCCAUUCGCGUGGACAAAAAGAACCGUAGCCUCGAGUGCCUUUUCUUCGAAGACCUGAUCAAGUGUGCACACCUUCGUUAAUUGCGGGUACCACGUCCGCUUCUAGUUGAAAUUUUACUGGUGGAAAACUGAAAUCAUUAGUAGAAGAGUACAAAGAGUGUAGAGAAAGACAUAUAUAUCCAAAAUCGAAGAAACGAUCAAUUUUGAAGCCCAAAGAAGAGAAGAUGGUUCGAGGAAGAAUGGACUUUUCGAGAAGCAACGAGUGUUCUUUUCAACGAUUGUCUAGGGGAAAUUAAGAAGAGCGGAGCAGCGGCUGGUGCUCGUGGCAAGGGGUCAGCAUGGCAGUCGACAAUCCUUCGUAUUUCUCGUUGUCGAGCGGGACGGCGUCGUCGUCGGCGACGCCUGCGUCGACAACGAGCGUCAGCCUCUCGCCGCCGUCCAAGGGUCCCACGGGUCUGACGGCGCUGUUCCGACGCCGUCCGUGUAAGAUGGGCUCGACCUCCUCGGCCAGCGUGCUCUCGACGUCCACGAACAGCACCCUGAUGCCCCAGGAGAGCAACAGGAGCAGCGCGUCGGGCGCCUCGACGCCCACGGAAGAACGCGUGCCGAUGUUGCCGAGGAAUGGCACCGGUCAUUGCGGAAACGGGGCCGGCUCGGUCAAUCAGAGAAGGAGUUUCAGGAAUCUGUUCAGGUCUGUCAGCGCUAACGCGGAUAACGAGAGGACACAGCAGUUCCUCAAAGGAGAUCCCAGGCCUUCCGACGUUGCGCCACCCUCGCCCUAUCUGCCGCACAGGUCGCACUCACACUCCGAGAACGAUAGGAGGCGCCCAGGACGAAGCAGGGCCGUAUUAAAAUCCGCUAGUGAACUUUUGUCCAACGAUAUGGUGUACUGUGGAUUGGCCAGAGAUAAUCACGAUCAUGACGAUGACGACGACGACGACGAUGAUCAUGACUCGAGUGAAGUCUUCGUUGGCGUGGACGAUGCUAGGUACUACAACCUGUCAUCCACCCUGCCAGCAGCAGGAUCAGCUGCAGGAGGUCGAAGAAGGCACUCGAUCAGCACCUUUCUGGGCAAAGGUUCGUCGAGCAAAGACAAUAUCUCGAGGAGGCAGCCACAGAGUCCAACAGCUCUCGUAGAACCCGACUCGAUGGCGCCACCAGCGCCUGUGGACACCGUAGACGGGAUCCACGUGGAAGACCGGAAGGGUAGGUCUUGCAGCAGGACCAGACGCAGGCGACACCGCAGCUCUUCCAGCAGGGGGUCACGAUCGGCUACAGGGCUAUCGAAGAUCGAUUCACAUCCCGAGGAUGACGUACUCUUUGUGUCGAGUAAAGACAGCGAAAUUUCGAGCCUGUGGGUCAAUUAUCUCACGGCGUGCUUCGAGCAGAUCAGCAGGCAGCAGGGCCGGCCGCCUUUCAAAGUUCGUCACGUGACAGUAGAGGAACCGAUACAACCCGGGACCGAGGAGAGGAUUCGAUCGGCUCGCUUGCAAAUCGUGGUCGUGUGUCCCGUGCUAUUGGAACGGGUUCAGAGUCGGCCAGAACACGCGACGAAUCUCUCCAGACAGUUAAUCACCGACAAGGUGCUCGCGAUGAUGUUGGGCGUGCACGACAGCCACAUCAGUGACGUCCACAAGUCGAUCUUGGUCUCGUAUAAUCAGUGGAGGAAAUUCUUCGUGAAGGACCAGGAUGAAACUUUCGUCGGUGAACUGUUGGGUGCCGCGGUUGGAAUCCUUGGCACCACGCCGCCUCCUGCCCUGAGAAGCGACAAAACCGCGUUUUCGGUUCAUCCGAAGAAAGUGAAGCUGGGUCAUAACAGAAUAAUCGUAUUGCUGAACGAUCCCUUGCGACCUGAGGACAAUGUGUCAGUGAUUGUGGAUCGCUGCGGCGAAGCGAUCGACAUCGCCCAUGUUAAACGAAGGAACCCCUAUGCCCUGCAAUUCUCGAUCCCGGAAAGAUGUCUGGAAGUAUCCAUGUUGGUCGGCGUUCGUAUAUCGAAAAAUGGUUGUCCACUUGGAGUGAGGCAAGUAAAAUGCGAGAGCAGGCUCAGGGAACUCGAUCAGAUCCUCAGGGCCCAUGACAACCCCCUAGAAUUUAUGUGUCAGACCUUUGGCUUCAAUCCGGGUGAUCGCGAGCAGUUAGAUAACUGGAUGGUCCACGCGUUUCAACGAAACGUUCCACCGCACUUCAACCUCCUGUCCACGCCCAGUGGCGUAGUGUCCACUCAGAAAGUUCACUCAAGUCCCGAAGAGAAUCCGACGUUGCUCCACUUUGCCGCCCGUUUUGGUUUGGAAAGACUAGCCUGGCAACUGUUGGAAUGUCCAGGUGGCGACAUAGCAUGUGACCUGAGGAACGUGUCAGAACUCACCCCUGCCGAUCUUGCAGAACAGGCGGGACACGCGAGAUUAGCUCAUCAGCUUCGUGGCUACAUGCAAAUGAACGAGUUCACUAACAUGUACAGCUACCUAAAAGUAAUCAGCGAGACCACUACAGACCAAGCGGCCAGUGCGGAUCCAUCAACGACUAACACAACAAAUGACACCAAUAACGACAAAGAAGAUUAUUGUCGUCCACGACCUCUAAGCGAAGCAUACUCGGUGCCACCAGCCGCAAGACCAAUAACGUCUCUGAUCUUGCCAGGUCAAUUAUCAGUAACCCCUAGCCCGACCACCAAUAACCCCAUUGAGGCAAAUUACUCGAUCGUACCAGCACCGACUCCCGUCGUCGUUGGUUCAUCAACACCAACGCCUGCUACGAAUAUUUCGAACGGCCUUGAGCUCCCUCUUCAAGGUUAUAUGAAAAUGCAUCCAGCUGGGCCGAAAACACCGACGUCAAGUGUAGCAAGCCAACAACCGUCCCGCACAGCGACGCCCACACAGAAUCGUCCGGAUUCCCAUCCCAUACAUAGCCGAGAAGAGAACAGUCAAUCUUCCUGCUCUUAUGGCAGAGCGCCUUCCAAUUCCAGCAGCACAAAAUCAAGGGAACCAUCUGGACCCCAGGACGAACUACUGGAAAUCAUAAACGACUUCAAGAAUAAUGUGUUCACAAUAACAGAAGUGGAGAGGCUGGUCGAGAACUGGAGAAAUCGUAAUGAUGUCCAACAAAGUUUCAAAGAUAAACAGAGGCAACUCACUGCGAUGAGGGAAGAGUACGAAAGGAUACAAAAGAAGUUGAAGGAAGAAAUGAAGGCCCCUACUCCUUUUGAUAGGAUUAGAAAAUUCUUCUCUAAAGGAAAGAAAGAAUCGAAAGACUCUGCGAACGGCAGUGAUGAUUCCUCUUCGACCAGCAAAGUAGAGAAUGUUAAUGGUGCACUAGCCGAUCGUAGACCAGUUAGUAGCUUGAGUCUUCGCAGUGUUUCAAGCUCAUCUUCGUCUGGUAGAAUGAGCACUGCUAGCGGAUGCAGCGGAACUAGUUUAGGUGACAGUGGAACUCAUUCUGACACUGAGGAUCGACGAUUACAAAAUGCACGAGAGGACAAACCGGGCGUGAUGUCAUACGAAAUACCACCAGCUCCGAAACCAUUUACUGGAAGAUACUCACCGGCACUUAGGUAUUCCCCAUCUCCUCGUUCCUCGACUGGAAACGAUCUUGACCUGAGACCUUCGCAGCCACCAUCAAAGACUGAGGACACUGAAUAUUACAUUGCCUUUCCUCCUUCGGGAUUACCCAUCCACUCUUUCAAGACAGAUGCCACUCUAAAGGAACCAAAAACACCAAGUUCCCCCUGUGAUCACCCGAAGUACCUGGACAUGAUCCAAAAUUCGUCCCCAAUGACUACUGAAGCCAUAGAAUCAGACUCUCCCAAGCAACCAGGCAACAGUUACGCAAACAUCGACCCGUCCCCGGUGAACUCGGCACCAGUGCCACCGGCUGGCAUGUGCAUUCCAACAAAUUACGUGAACGUGACACCCGCCUGCAUCAGUUCGUUUCAGGAAGUUGUUCAAGGUCACCAGGCCGAGCAGAGGCAUUCUCUUGACUCAGACCACGUGGCUGAAUCCUCAAAGAAUCAAUCUAAGGUCGAAACUUCCAAUCAAACAGGGGAAAACAAGGUCAUUGAUGAGGUACAAGGUCAAGAUCAUGCCGUGAAUGAAAUCCAAAGUAAAAAUAGCGAGGAAUACGUGGAAACAGACCUGGUGAAUGGUUCGGAGAGUGUAGAUGUACCGGAUAUUGGUAAAAUGCCGGAAUAUAUGAACGUUGAUGUUCCUCAGGAUCACAAAGUAGAUGCCAACAAAAAGGUGCCUGCUCCACCUGUUCCACCAAGAGUCGCUACUAAAAAGUAAAAGGAGAACGGAAGUGUCGUUUUAUUUCCCGGAAAUAUUAAUGGAUGGAUCAAUCAAAGAUGGUGCCCUCGACAAUCGUUUUUCAUUGGAAAAGUAU